AUGAAAGAAGAAACUACUUUGUGGGAACACCAAUACUUUGGUAUCACAACAACUCGGUCGAGCACGAAGACAUACACCAAGACAGUUUUUUGGACAACAACAUCAGUACAUUCCGUCAUCAAUUAUGAGUCCUUUACAGUCACGAAGACCGUGUCCACCACUAUCAUUACAGUCUCUGGCCUUGACAUGCACAAAAACGGAAUGAAUGUACAAAUAACAACCAAACCCAAGGUCAUUAUGAGUAUGACAGCCACAAUGCAUCUCACAGUGACAAAGUCAAUACUCGAGCAAAAGAAUCACCACAUAGUGCUGGGGGUUCACAGGCUAGAUCAUGCAAUACCAGGCUGGUUAAUUGGGACUGUUACUCACACAAUUAUAAGCACCGUUCAAGCUGUUGACCCCCACUUAACAGCUACAAAUUCAGUGGUGGUGCCUGAAACAACAGUAAUAACAGAGCGUCCCCAUGUGUCAACAGUAGUAACUACUUCCACAGUAAUAGCCACAAAUAUGGUAAUAACCAAAACAGCGACUUCAUUUGUCCAACUUAGCACGCAGUCAGAUGGGAAGCGGGAUGUAAUAAUCCUGAAACGGGUGGACUAUGUUACACAAAUUCCCAUGGACACUCUUUCGUCCCAAGUGCGGCUGCCGACGAAUGUUGAAGCCAAUAUAACCCGGAUGGCAUUGAGAGGGUCAUUAGGAUUAGGCAACCGAGACAGCAUUACAGUAACGCAAACAUUGAUAGCAUCAACCACUGUCUUCAAAACCAGGGCCAUUACUGUACCCCGCAUAUGGACAAGCUCCACCAAUUCAACCAUUACUGUUACUAUCACUAGAACAAUAAUGCAACCGGCAGCGGCAGCGGCAGGAGUGGGAACAGCGGUAAAGGAAGGACUAGAAGCAGGAGUAGAAGAAGGAAUGAAAGGAGGGACACACGCACUGGGAGAGCCUUUAACUGAUAUCGUGGUCGUGGCGACGGAAACUAUUAUUGCAACAUUCACCGAAACUCUCCCUAUCUCCGCUUUACUAACACUAAUCUCCCCAACCACCGCCAAACAGCCUACUACAAUGGAUAUUACACAUGUCGUGACUAAGUCAAACAAACCCGCAAAGACAGUUACCAAGUUGGUGACCAAUUUUGUGACAUUGACACAUGUUCCAGAAGACAUUGUUGUAACAAAGGUAAAUAUAGUGACUGAGACUACUACUGUAAGUGGAAUUUAUACAAUGUGGCUCGUUAGUGUGGCUACAUAG